CCUUCUCUUUGGAGGAGACAGUCAGACAUUUUAAGUGGAUGAGUUUCAUUUUACAGCGCAACUGUAGGACGGAGAAUCUCAGGACACAAUUUCAACCUAUUUCUCUAACAACUGUUAGUGGGGAAUUGACUACUAUGAACUGAAACUCUUCCUUAAACCAUUAACAAGUACUGUAGAUCCAAGUUAAGUGACGCAUAAGCCAGUAGAGUUGUAAUUUUUUUUGCACCUAAAUGUAGCUAGAGGAAAUGGCUGUGGAAAGCAUGACUGUCCAUCCAAACUCCCCAACAACAACCAACCACGAACACAGUCUUCUCACUGACGAAAGACGUGAGGAUGGUGAGCUGGAAGAAGGGGAGCUGGAGGAUGAUGUUGGAGAGGUGGAGGUGGCAGAGGAGCCCAGCACCGGGGGAGGAGGAGAAGAUGGAGGUGAAGGUGAAGAAGCAACAGCAGCAGAGGCGGCCCCCCCAGAGAAAAUUCACCGUAGCAAAGAGCGCCACGCCAGCGGCGACGAGAAGGAUGACGAGAAGGCCCGCCGCCACAAGAGGAAGAGGAAAAAAGAGAGGGAGCGGGAGAAGGAGAAGAGGAGAGCCAAGAAGAGACGCAAAUCCAAGCACAAACGUCAUGCCUCCUCCAGUGAUGACCACUCAGACUUUAGCGACGACUCUGACUACAGCCCAAGUGAGAAGAGGAAGUAUCGGGACUAUAGCCCUACGUACCCCCCUUCUUCCCUUGGAGGUUACCCACCAGCUCCGUCCUCUGGCCACGGGGGCCCCAUGCCUAAGAAGGGCAGCUACGUAAAGAUGGACAAGCAAAGCUACGGGGGCUACGGCGAUUAUGAAGAGGAGAACUACGAGGGAGAGGAGGAUGAGGAGAUGGGCGAUGAAGACUACGAUGACUUCACCAAGGAGCUCAACCAGUAUCGCAAGGCCAAGGAGGGAGGCAGCGGCGAUGGAGGUGGAAGGGGCAACUGUCGCGGGGGCAGAGGAGGUAAAGGUCGUAUGAAGAACCAGAGAGGUCGAGGAGGCAUGAGAGGAGGAGGGCGUGGAGGUAGAGGAAGAGGAGGGAGCAGGGGUCGGGGACGAGGGGGCAAGAUGGGCGGAGACAAUGAGGACGGAGAAGGGAUGAUGUAUGGAGGAGGAGGAGGAGGAGACGAGAUGGAGUAUGGAGAUGAUGACUAUGACCAUAUGGGUGAAGAUGACUAUGAUGAAUACUCUCAGUACAGGAAGUCCAAAGACCGUGGAAGGGGUGGUAAAGGUGGGCGGGGGCGGGGCCGGGGGAAACAGGGGCGUGGUAUGAACCGGGGAGGCCGAGGGAGGAAUCGGGGGAGAGGCCGAGGGGGCGGAGACCAGGGUCACGAUGAGGACAACAAUGGAGACAAUGGGGACAUGGGGGAUGGAGGAGGAGGCCAGCACAACAAGCACCAGGGGGACAAGCACCAAGACAAGAAAGGGAAAGCCAUCUGCAAGUACUACAUGGAGGGCCGCUGUACUUGGGGGGAACACUGCAACUUCAGCCACGACAUUGAGCUGCCCAAGAAGAAAGAACUCUGCAAGUUCUACAUCACCGGCUUCUGCGCGCGGGCUGAAAACUGCCCCUACAUGCAUGGUGAUUUCCCCUGCAAGCUGUUCCACACCACCGGGAGCUGUGUGAAUGGAGACGAAUGCAUGUUCUCCCACGAGCCUCUCACCGACGACACCCAAGACCUGCUAAACAAGAUGCUGGCGGAGGAUGCCGAGGCUGGAGCUGAGGAUGAGAAGGAGGUGGAGGAGCUAAAGAAGCAGGGGAUCAACCCCCUUCCCAAGCCUCCUCCUGGGGUGGGCCUGCUCCCGACACCGCCCAGACCAGGGCCACCCGACAACUCUGGCCCUGGGGACUUUGGAUCUCCUGGACCACCACAGGGCCCCAUGUCCCCCAACGGCCUCCCCGGCCCAGGGCCUAACCAAGGGCCCGGUCCCUGUCCUGGUCCCAUUCCCGCCUACCCAGACAGUUGCCCCUACCAGGGACCUCCCAACCCCAAUGGUCCCGCACCCCCAUCCAUGGGCCCCCCACCCCCCUGUCCUGGCAAUGGAGGGAAGAAGAUCCCCUCGUUGUUUGAGAUCAAGGUGCACCCCACGGGACAGCUAGCUCAGAAACUAGCUAAUCACAGAGGUCAGACCCCAGGAACUGCCACAGGCCAAGCUGGCACCACUGGCCCCCAAGGGCACCCCGGUGGGCCUGGUGGGCCUCCGCCUCGGUUCCCUCCACCUGGCAUGAUGCCCCCAGACAUGUCCAUGGGUCCUCCCCCACCCAUGGGCCCUGGAGGACCCCCCAUGAUGCCAGGCUUUGGCCCAGAAGGGGGGCCUAUGAUGCCCCCCGGACCUCCUCCAGGGGGUAACUUCUUUGAUAACUUCUUCAACCAGCAGCAAGACAUGAAUAUGGACGGGGUGGUGGAGGAAGGUGAUCACUUCCAGGGCUUUGGAGGGAUGGACGUGAAAGAAGCAAGAGGAUCGGGAGGAAACCAGAGCUCCGUGGGAGGCCCCGACGUCCCCGCAAACGGAGGCUCGGCCAAUCAGCAGGCGGGGAUGGGAGUGCCUGACUUUCUGCCGCCGGCCCAACGCAUGCUGUUCAUGAGAAUUCAGCAGAAACAGCAGGAGGACGAGGAGAGGGCCAGACUUGCCAAGGGGGUAGGAGAGAGGGACGCGGAAGGUGACUCAGCUAACUGGUACUCCAGUGAGGAUGAGGAUGGAGGCGGCAGUGUCACAUCCAUCCUGAAGACGCUCCGCCAGCAGAGCCAGGGGCCCCCCAAACCUGAGGGUCCUCCCAGCGACCCCCGCCUCCAGAAAGGCUCCCCAGCGCACCCCUCCAUCCGACCGGCGGACUCCCGUCAGGGGGACCCCCGGCUGGCUCGCGACCCUCGCCUCUCCCGGGCCACAGACUCUGCUCAGGCGUUGGACUCUCCCAACCCCUCCUUGGCCACCAUCACCCCUGCAGACCCCCGCCUGGCACGGCUCGCUACCGCCACCCUCACCCCCAAACCAGACGCCCCCCUGGUGUACAAGCCCCCGCCCCUCACGGCUCCCCCUGCAGAGGAGGAGGAGACGGAGAGGGUUCUGAGGGAUAAGCCUGUGCCCAUCCCCCUGGAUCCCCUUAUGGGUAUGGCCCUGAGGGACCCACGCUCCCAGCUGAGGCAGUUCAGCCACAUCAAGAAGGACAUUCUCCUGCACAUGCCCCCCUACGCUAAGACAGUGACAUGGAACCCCGAGGACCUCAUCCCUAUCCCAAUCCCUAAACAGGACCUCCUCCCCCUUCCCCCAGGCAUCCCCCCUGUCUCAGCCUUGGACCCCCGCCUCUCACGCAGCCAGCAGCGAAUCCAUACGGCCCUCCCCCCUACCACACCCAUCCCCCCUCCCUCCUUAGAACCCCCAGCCCCCUCCUCCUCCCUCCCAGACUUUGAACUGCUCUCUCGCAUCCUCAAGACUGUUAACGCCUCAUCCGGCCCCUCCCAGUCAUCCCCUUCUCUCCCCCUUGUCCCUCCACCGGCCUUGUUGCCGGCGCCUCCUGCUUUGUUUCCCACCCCUGUCGACAAGCCCGUCGAUCCUCGAAUGUCCCGCAAAGCCCCCGCUGACCCCCGGCUCCAGCCGCAGAAAUCUGUCCUGAAGCAGCCUUCAGAGUCCCCUGUCCCCCCUCUGACGGUCACCCCGGCAGCCCCUCCACCCACCUCCGGCUCCUCCUCCCCCACCAUCGCCCCCUACGACCCUCGGCUACUGUCUGCAGGUGGAGUGGGUCGUGGAGGGGGAGCGGGUGUAGCUGGUGGCAGCAGUGUGCUGAGUGGUAUCAGUCUUUAUGAUCCCCGGACUCCUGGUGCAGGUAAACUUGAGGGCCCUGGUGCUGCCACAAACACUACCCCCAGCAGCGGCCCCACAGAGCCCAAACCCAGUGAGGUGGCACCAGCUAAGCCCAAGGCCAAGGAGCCCCUGUUUGUCCGUAAGUCUGCCCUGGACCAGCCGGAGCCAGAGAAGAGCAGCGAGCAGUCCACUGACCGAUACAACAGCUAUAACCGGCCCAGGCCCAAGCCUGCACCCUCGCCCUCCACCGGGCCCCCCGGAGGUCCUGCUGCCUCUGUCUCCUCCACGGCCGGACAGGGCCCCCCUGGUGGUGCUGAGCAGGCCCCGGCGGGCGUCCACAACCUGCCUGUGUCCUCGCUCUUCAGCAUGGUGAAACAGGCCAGCAAGCCCAGCGGGUCCGGCAGCCCUUUUGGUGGGAACAGCCCUGCCCAGCCUGGCGACACCACCACCACCACGGAGCAGGACAAUGCUUCUCUGAAGGAGGUUUUCAAAGGCUUUGACCCCACGGCAUCACCGUUCUGCCAGUGAUAUUUGAUCCUACCCUGGUCGAACAUUGUUUUAGAGACGAACACUGAACGCAUCAGCAAGGAGCGCACUGAGGCAGAAGUUGGACUGGCCACAGACUGUGAACGUUUGAACAUGUUGCUCAGGCGUCACACCUGCAGUGUUUGCUAAUGAGAUUCUAUAACAGACUUUGGGGCCGGGGAGGGAGGGGGUGUGGGAGGGAGGGAUAUGUCAGAGUCUGGGAAAGAGCGAACUCUAUUUUAAAACAAACAGAUGUAUAAAUACAUGUAUUCUUUACGAGAGUCCCUCCCUACUUUAAGAGAAAACAAUUAUAGGACAAGAAAAACGAGUCCACAGAUUUAAAUGGGCUGUACUUUGUAAUUUAUGCUCCUCCUAGUCCUGUUCAUUUUCCUGUUCAUUUGUUUGUAACUCCAGUCUCCAAGCUCUCCCUUUUAUCAUCCGUUCUGUCCAUAUCCCACCAACCCGUUCACCUCAAUAGCUUCCACUGUGUCGCCGUCAGAAGAAUACUUGUCAAUCAUUGUAGCUUUUCUAGUACAAUCACAGGCAAAGAUAACACAUAGAGAACAUUCACUGCCACUCCCUCUGCCUGUUGCGUUAUAACAGUACAGUAUAUUAUAUAUGAAUACAACUCUUUUGUUGCUUGAUUUGAAGUCAUUUCUUUGCACUGUCCGUCUGUUAUCUGCCCGUCUUUCCCCUCUGUUGGCUCUCUUCUUUUUUUAUAUUUGAGCCCUCUGCUCUGUCAGCACUGUUAUCUCUAACCUCUUCUGUCUGUCUGUUGUGUGUCGGGGUGAAGCCUAUGAAUAUGUCGGCCAUGUUGGUCCCACUACCCCACACACCCCUGCUUGAGGUUCCACUCACACCUCUCUGCCAGUCAGAACUGUGAAUUGAAAACCACAUAGUCCAUCUGUCACACGAGAUAUGAUCAUUUUUAUUUAUUUUUUAUACUUAUGAGAUAUCUGCCUCUCCUGUCUCCUCCCUAUGUCACAUGACAGUUCAUUCGAAUCAUUUGAUAUUGUAGGUGUGUGUGUGUGUGUGUGUGUGUGUGUGUGUGUGUGUGUGUGUGUGUGUGUGUAUAUAUAUAUAUAUAUACACACACACAUCUAUCACACGUGUGUGUUAUAUAUAUAUAUAUAUAUAUAUAUAUAUAUAUAUAUAUAUAUAAAAUUAGAAAGAAAUACAUUUAUUUCCCCUGCAUUUAAGUGGGAUGCAGCCUGUAACCGUGAGAGGAGAAACAGACACUGACAUUCUUGUUUUGUUGAAGGUUCAAACAAAUAAAAUAAACUUAAUUCCAUAGAGGUAUGAAAGCCUGGCUACACAAGCAUCUAGUUUUUUCUAGUUUUGUUUUGCCCUUUGCAAAAAGUGACUGUUUUGUAAAUUGAACAGUGUCCUGUUUGACGAGAGGUAACAUUUUGUAACUGUUCACUGUAGGGGAGGUUGUGAAGUAUUUAAUAAAGGCGAUACGUGAUCAACCAGUAA